AUGUCGUGCACCGUCAGCGUUGACGAUAGCGAUGCGGCAUCUUGUGCAUCCUCCGAGCGCUCCACGACUUCAACCGAAGAGUUCGAGCAUGAGCCAUUCUCAGCAUUCAAAACCCAGGUCACCCAGCUAUGUGAAGAUGUCUGGCCACAUUUAUCACCUGGAGCUUUUGAAGUGACGCACAUGGAAGGCGGCUCCUACAACUGCGUCAUCGGGGUUCAGGGUGACAUGUCACACAAGCGAAUAUCUUGGUUACAGCGCCACGCGACGGGCCUGCUCCAGAUCUUCUGGCCGAGGAGUGCAAAUAGACAAAAGGAAAUUCAAGAAUACGUAAUUCGUAUUCCGCGGUACGAACAUGCUUGGGUAGAGCAAGAAAUUGCACUGCUCUUUUUUCUUGCGGCCACCAAUGUCCCUGCGCCUAAGAUCGAGCACUUCAGUUUGACUUUGGACAACCGCAUCGCAUUCGCUGAAGACCUCGGUCGUGCUCUAAGAGAGCUCAGCCUGUUCAACGCCGACAACGACUACUAUCUUACCCAUAUGGAUUUUGAGCCUCGCAAUAUCCUUCUCCACUCCAUAUCGAACGACAUCGCUUCUCUCUCCGGAAUCCUAGACUGGGAUGAAUCUGUCUUUGCGCCCGCAUUUCUCUCUUGCCGCGCACCAUCGUGGCGCUGGGACUUUGAAGGCGACGACGACGAAGAGUUGGACGAAUCUAUUGCGCAUGUUGAUCCACAAGAUGUAGAACUUCUGGCUAUCAAGCAAGCGUUUGAAAACUUGCUCGAGAAAUUAUACGCCUGGGCCAUCACUGGUAUCAACAGUAGCGAAGGUUAUGAUGUUGCGAAUAGGAUCGUCAAGGAAUGGAAUGAAUUAAGGCCAGCUCAGGCUGUUCAUAAGAUCGUACCUGGAGACGAGGAUUGA